AUGUUCUGCUCUAUCAGCAUUAUUUGGGCCGCUGAAUCUUUGAUUCCAUAUCCAUCAGAUGACGGUACUCGCGAUAAUGGGUAUUAUAGUAUACCUGUGCCAGAGACCUUCAAGCUACCACUUCUUGAAAGCUAUCCCAACGGGAACUCAAGCUCCAUCGAACGUGUAAUUAUCGUGAUACCCGGAAAGGUGCUACCCAGAUAA